AUGUCUACCUCUCAGGGAGGGGCUCAUCAAGCUCCAAGUGGGCAUCAGCCAACAUCUACACCAUCGAAAAAGCCACAGCGCCGAUUUCAGUUUAUUGACAACAGUGAUGUCGCAUCUUCGGGUACCAAUUACAACUCUACUCAAGUUCGUCGACAUGUUAUGCAAGAAUACAUGAGAGAGAAACGGUGGGAGUCGCGCGCCAAACAAAGCGAUUCUUCGGAAAGUGAUGCUCGAAGAAAGCCUGAGAAGUCAACACGGCUUCAACCACGGAAACUCAAGACGAAAACCCUACCCAUCAUCGAUUCUACGAGGCCCGAUUCUACGCCUUUGGCGUCUGCCUUACCUCAUGGAUCAGCGAUGGUAGCGCGUAGCCGAUCCAUCUCCUCCAAUGCGUCACAACCAAUUCCCGUCGUCUUGUCCCCGUUUCAGCCACAAGAUGUACAGAGGCGACCACGAAAUUCAUUUCAUCUCAACUCGAAUAGCUUUGCUAAACUACCUCUCAUGGUAUCCGGUACACCAUUUUCAACACCUUCAACGGGGUAUUCUGGAGAGUCAUCUUCUCCAAGCUGGAACAAUGAGAAGGUAUGGAAGCUCUCGCGGAGCCCGGAACCUCAAACAAUACUCAGCGCAGCGCGGACGGACCCAUUCGACUGCCUUCCGAUGCAACUUAAUGUCCAAGAUCAAGAACUCUUCGACUUUUAUGCCAACGUCAUGCCAGCCUGUUCAUACGGAUUUGAGCGCAGAAGCCCCCAUGCCCACAAUUGGUACCUUUCCGUUUUCAUACCGGAGGCCAUGAAGGGGGCCGUAUGCUUCCAGAAUACUGUUCUCGUUCAUGCAGCAAACACUCAGGCGUGGGUCAAGGGACUAGCAGAAACCCCAUUGGCGAUAGAACAUAGGGCAAAGGCAUCGCAACUAUUACUCCACCAUUAUCAGCAAUACCCGCACGAUACAUCUGAUGCAACAAUAUCGGCGACACUAUCUGCAGCAGCGUUGGAGGACUUCGACCCUAGGAUAGAGCGCCGCAAGUAUGCCUGGAUGCACUGGCAAGCGGUGGUACAAAAGAUACGAGAUCGAGGAGGCCCUACUGCAUUGGUACACCAUAAUCGACUCCAAAUGCUGAUCAAUUGGUCCGACUACAUCUUCUCGGGGUAUAAUGCCCACGGGGCCACCUUUUACUUUGAUCACCAAUCAUCGCCUAUGCAUUCAACCCCUGAGCAGGCAGAUGCUAUUGCUAGGCGUGAGAUUGCUCAGCAAUGUACAGAGUUCAUUACCUUUUUGAAGUGUGCGGAACACCUUGCUCUCGUACAAGCAGGCAUGCAACAGAAUCCAGUGGCUCGGGCCCAGCAGCCUAUGCGUUACUCGGUUUUCCGUCCUGGUCAACCACUCUACAAUCUUGUUGCCAGUCCGAAUGGUCCAAGGUAUACCGAGACUGGUCAAUUCAAACAAAUUAUAUCUCGACUAGGCUCACUCAUGACCAUCAACACUGCGAUUUGGGAAUAUCGCCAUUCUACGGACCUGAGCGAGGAAUUCUUCAGAGAAUUGCUGCAAAAUAUUGUCUACAACGAGCUCCACCAACAUAUCUCAGUCGAGGCCUUGGUACAGAUCUUGUUAAGCGGAAGCCGAAAUCCCACUCUCCUCCAUACAGAACGGCCUUGGUUUGUUGGUAGAUUCCUGAAGGUGGCGAAGCGACUUUCUCGUCCUACUUUCGAACGACUAAAUGACGUACUGUUGGAAUUUUUGACACUGGGACCCGGUUUAAGGCCUGUGAUGUUAGGUUGGGAGGACGAGCUCCGUGCAGAGAUAUUAAAUGCCCCUCUCGUGAGCUAUCAAUCUCGUUUCAUGUUGGGGUAG